AUGGGGAACCAGUACGCUGAGAGCUUCACCCUACUAGGGCUGGGCCUCGUCUUCAUCCUCACCCGCGUCUACGUGCGCUGGACCCAAGUCGGGCCCGCGAGUUUCCAGCUCGAUGAUUAUCUUAUGCCGAUAGCUGGUGCAGUCUUCGCCGUCGAAGUAACCCUCGCCUACCUCGUCGGCUCGAAAUACGAUGGCCUCACAAACAGCUACAUGACCGACGCCGCGCGCGCCGCGCUCGACCCCACCUCACAGGAAUACUAUAACCGGCAGAUGGGCUCGAAGAUCCAGAUUGCGGGGUGGUCGUUGUAUGCGAUGGUGCUGUGGCUGAUCAAGGGGUCGUUGGCGGUGUUUUAUUCGCGAUUGACGUAUGCUGCGACCGUCAACCAUAUUGCGACGGAUACAUGCCAGCCCGCCCGCUCAAUCGUCUACGUGCUCGUCGUCAUGAUCCCAAACGUCCUGACAGACCUGUACCUAAUGUCCAUCCCGCUGCCUCUCCUCUGGACCGUGAAAAUCGGCAUUAGACGCAAGAUAACCCUAAUGGGUCUCUUCAGCGGCGCGAUCUUCAUCGGCGUUGCCGCCGUGAUCCGCGCGGUGAUUAUCAUUACUGCCGGGGCCAACGGCGCAAUCGAAGGCAGCAAGUGGGCGUGCCGUGAGUCCUUCGUCAGCAUCGUGGUCUCGAACCUCCCGAUCCUCCAACCGCUUAUCCGCCGCGGCGCAAGCAAGCUCGGCCUUAGCGGGCUGUUUAGUAACAGCGGUGGGAAGGAGAGUAGCUAUAAGUAUCGUGGGACGUCGAGGCGGCGAGAGGGCGAUUACCCGCUUACCAGUGUAACGGGGAACGGGACGGUUACUGGGACGACGAAGAGUAAGGGGGAUAGGAAGCGGGAUCGCCUGGGGCUGAGGACUUUUGGGAGUGUGCAUCAUAGUGAGGCGAUGGGGAGUGAUGAGGAGGUUCUUGUGAGGACUGGCGGGAGGGAGAGGAGUGCAACGAAGGGGCAGAUUACGGUUACGCAUGAGACGGUUAUUGAGCGGGAGGAGAUGGCUGGGGAUGGGGAGGGCAUUGGGGUGGCGAGGGGUGGGAGUGUCAAUGGGCAUGGACAUGGGCAUGGGCAUGGGCAGGAGUCGAUAUCUAUGUCUAGCUCUGCGGGGAAUAGGUGGGAUGGGGGGAUGAGGAAGAUGUAA